AUGCACGAGUGGUUUGCAUAUAGGUUGCAAGAAAGAAAAGGGGAAUCACCUAUUGUUCUUCAAUCUAGGAGACUGUUCCAGCAAUUUCUGGUGGACUCUUAUACCAUGGUUGAAGCUGAUAGAAUGCGAUAUUAUAGGACAAUACAGCCGAAACUGCGAGUGGAACGUUACAAGGGAUUGCACGAGUGCUUGGUCCGUGGAGAAAAAAAUGCAGCUGCAACAGGUCAGCGAAUCAUAUUGCCUGGAUCAUUUACUGGAGGGCCGAGAUACAUGUUCAACAAUUGCAAGGACUCAUUUGCCAUUUGUAGAUAUAUCGGAUAUCCUAGCUUAUUUAUCACUAUGACAUGCAAUCCAGAAUGGCCUGAAGUCAAACGUUUUGUUGAAACACUAGGUUUGAAGCCUGAGGAUAGACCCGACAUACUUUGUAGAGUUUUCAAAAUGAAGUUGGACGAACUAAUUGAUGACUUGAAGAGCGGAAAAGUGUUCGGAAAGAUUAGUGGAUAUUCAAUCACCAUCGAAUUUCAAAAGCAAGGUCUUCCCCACGCACACAUUUUGGUCUUUGUCCAUGCCAAAUUCAAGCCCAAGACCCCCGAAGACAUCGACAAAGUUAUAUCCGCAGAAAUUCCAGACCGUACCAACAAUCCUGAAUUAUUUGAUGCUGUGCAGAAGUAUAUGAUUCACGGACCAUGCGGUGUACUAAAUUUGAAGUCACCAUGUAUGAACAAUGGAAAAUGCUCCAAGUUCUUUCCUAAAGAGUUUAGGACGAGGACCAUUAUUGAUGAUGAAGGUUUUCCUAAAUAUAGAAGAAGAGAGGAUGGCAGGACUGUCAAAAAGGGCAAAACUGUGCUGGAUAAUAGAUAUGUUGUACCAUACAACCCAUUGCUACUCCAAAAAUAUAGAGCUCACAUUAACGUUGAGUACACGUGCCAGACAAGUGCAAUAAAAUAUCUUUUCAAGUAUGUCCAUAAAGGCAACGACAGAGUGACGGCUGAAUUUUACCGAACUUCGGAUUCAAGUAAUCCAUCCCAGGUGAUUGAUGAAAUAAAAAAUUACUAUGACUGCAGAUACAUCUCUGCAUGUGAGGCGGCAUGGCGAUUGUUUGGAUUUGAAGUGCACUAUAGAGAGCCUCCAGUUGUGAGGUUGCCAUUCCAUCUUCCGGGUGAGCAAAGCGUAGUGUACAAUGAUGGUGAGACAGUACAGGAUGCAAUUGAAAAGGCCGACAUUAAGAAAAACAAGUUUAUAGGUUGGAUGGAGGCUAACCAACUUUAUGCGGCUGGACGAGACAUUACUUAUUCAGAAUAUCCCACCAAAUUUGUUUGGAAAGACGACACAAGAGAAUGGCGCCCUAGAAAACAGGGUUUCUCAAUUGGUAGAAUUUCACAUGUGCCUCCAUCAUGCGGCGAGGACUAUUACUUAAGGAUCCUUCUGAACGUUCAAAAAGGUUGCACGAGUUUUAAAGACAUUCUCACUGUGAAAGAAGUGACCUACAGUACUUUUAAGGAUGCGUGUUGUGCUCUUGGUUUGCUAGAAGAUGACAAAGAAUUUGUAGACGCAAUAAAAGAUGCCAGCUUCUAG